AGCGGGGCCGAGCAGCCCCGGCGGUGCCGCUGGCGGCCGGGCCGGGCGGGGCUGCGCAGGUGGAGCGGCCCCACAUCCAUGGAGCGGCCGAAGAUGGCGGAGCUGGAGAGCCUGGAGACGGCGGCGGAGCACGAGCGGAUCCUGCGCGAGAUCGAGAGCACCGACACGGCCUGCAUCGGCCCCACGCUCAGGUCCGUGUACGAUGGCGAGGAGCACGGGCGCUUCAUGGAGAAGCUGGAGGCGCGGAUCCGCAACCACGACCGCGAGAUCGAGAAGAUGUGCAACUUCCACUACCAGGGCUUCGUGGAUUCCAUCACCGAGCUGCUCAAGGUCCGGGGCGAGGCCCAGAAGCUCAAGAACCAAGUGACAGACACCAACCGGAAGCUGCAGAACGAAGGGAAAGAACUGAUCCUGGCCAUGGAGGAGCUGAGGCAGUGCCGGCUGCAGCAGAGGAACAUCUCGGCCACGGUGGAUAAACUCACCCUGUGUCUCCCUGUGCUGGAGAUGUACAGCAAGCUGCGGGAGCAGAUGAAAUCCAAGAGGCACUACCCGGCCCUGAAGACCCUGGAGCACCUGGAGCACACCUUCCUGCCCCAGGUGAGCCACUACCGCUUCUGCAAGGUGAUGGUGGACAACAUCCCGCGGCUGCGCGAGGAGAUCAAGGAGCUCUCCAUGUCCGACCUCAAGGACUUCCUGGAGAGCAUCCGCAAGCACUCGGACAAGAUCGGAGAGACCGCCAUGAAACAGGAUUGCAGAUUCAAUCAGUGGAAAAUAAUUGCCAGGAUAUUCUUCAGUCUCCUGCUCUCUCCAAAUGUUCAGGCACAGCAGCAGAGGAACCUGGACAACAUCGUGUCCCAGCAGCCCAGGAUUAGCGGGGGGAAGAAAUCCAAGAAGGAGUUCAGUGCCAGCUCCGAGCUGGAGGUGAAGAACACCAGCCCCAUGUCGGAGCAGGAUUCUGGGAUCCUGGAUGUGGAGGAUGAGGAUGAGGAGGAAGAGGUGCCUGGAGCCCAGGAUUUGGUGGAUUUCUCCCCGGUCUACCGAUGCCUCCACAUCUACUCCGUCCUGGGAGCCCGGGAGACCUUUGAGAGCUACUACAGGAAGCAGAGGAGAAAACAAGCGCGGCUGGUGCUGCAGCCUCCCUCCAACAUGCACGAAACUUUAGAUGGCUACAGGAAGUAUUUCAAUCAAAUUGUAGGGUUUUUUGUGGUGGAGGAUCACAUCCUGCACACCACGCAGGGCCUGGUCAACCGCGCCUACAUUGAUGAGCUGUGGGAGAUGGCCCUGUCCAAAACCAUCGCGGCCCUCAGGACCCACUCCUCCUACUGCUCCGACCCCAGCCUGGUGUUGGACCUGAAGAACCUCAUUGUGCUCUUCGCCGACACGCUCCAGGGCUACGGCUUCCCCGUGAACCAGCUCUUCGACAUGCUGCUGGAGAUCCAGGACCAGUACAGCGAGACCCUGCUGAAGAAAUGGGCAGGGGUCUUCAGAAAUAUCCUUGACUCAGAUAACUACAGCCCCAUCCCGGUGUCAAAUGAAGAAGUUUAUAGGAAAAUCGUUGGACAGUUCCCAUUCCAGGAUGCUGAACUUGAAAAGCAACCCUUCCCAAAGAAGUUCCCCUUCUCGGAGUUCGUGCCCAAGGUUUACAGCCAGAUCAAGGAGUUCAUCUACGCCUGCCUCAAGUUCUCCGAGGACCUGCACCUCAGCUCCACGGAAGUCGAUGACAUGAUCAGAAAAUCCACAAAUCUGCUGCUGACCCGGACCCUGAGCAACUGUUUACAGAACGUCAUCAAGAGGAAAAACGUUGGACUGACAGAGCUGGUGCAGAUCAUCAUCAACACCACCCACCUGGAGAAAUCCUGCAAGUUCCUGGAGGAGUUCAUCACCAACAUCACCAACGUGCUGCCCGAGACCGUGCACACCACCAAGCUCUACGGGACCACCACCUUCAAGGACGCCCGUCACGCCGCCGAGGAGGAGAUCUACACCAACCUCAACCAGAAGAUCGACCAGUUCCUGCAGCUGGCCGACUACGACUGGAUGGCCCUGGAGCCGGGCAGCCGGGCCAGCGACUACCUGGUGGAUCUGAUCGGCUUCCUGCGCAGCACCUUCGCCGUGUUCACCCACCUCCCGGGGCAGGUAGAUGUCCACUCUACCAUGUCGGGGAAGGUGGCCCAGACCGCCUGCAUGUCGGCCUGCAAGCACCUCUCGACGUCGCUGCUGCAGCUGCUGCUGGAGGCCGAGGUGAGGCAGCUGACGCUGGGGGCCCUGCACCAGUUCAACCUGGACGUGGAGGAGUGCGAACAGUUUGCCAGAUCCGGCCCAGUGCCUGGGUUCCAAGGGGACACGCUGCAGUUGGCCUUCAUCGACUUGAGACAACUCCUGGAUCUGUUCAUCCAGUGGGAUUGGUCGACGUAUUUGGCCGACUACGGACAGCCCACGUGCAAGUACCUUCGUGUGAACCCCACCACAGCCCUCAUCCUGCUGGAAAAGAUGCGAGACACCAGCAGGAAAAACAACGUUUUCGCCCAAUUCCGGAAAAACGAGCGGGACAAGCAGAAGUUGAUCGACACCGUGGCCAAGCAGCUGCGCGGCCUCAUCAACAGCCACCACUCCUGAGGGGCUCGGGAUCUCCUUCCCGCAGCCUGGACUUCGGGAAUCUCGUUGGGAGAGAAGAUUUGUAUUUUUUUAUUCGCCUGGAAAGUCUCCGCAGAGCCUCCCCCCGACGGCAAAACGCUCCCGGUGGAACAAUCCUGGGAAAAGACGUGGUGGCAGGAGUCUCCUGGAUAAACUCCUAUUUUCAGGGGUUUAGGAAGUGAUGGGAAUUCUUGGAGCCUGGGAGAAGUUCACACCUGGACUGGGUUUUGGUUUUUUUUUUUGUCAAAGCCAAAUUGAAGGGAUCAUCCUGCCUUCCUUUUGUUAAUUUAUUCCCUUGGAAAACUGAGAAAUGUGGGAAGAGCCGUGGGUUCUCUGGGCAGAGGGAAGAGGGUCACCCUGAGUGUGCCCUGUGGUUUGGAUUUAGGUAGGAAAAAGGGAUUUCCCAGGGUUUUUUUCUCCUCUUUUCCCCCUCCAUGGGCUGAUUCCACGUUAGUCUGCAAAUCCCUGGAAUCGCGACCCUUUCCCACGUGUCCGUAACCAUCCCUGAGCUCCACUCCGGGACCUGCCAGGGGCUGUGGGAUCACAGAGAAGGGUUUGGAGCAGCCUCCUUGAUCGGAUUUGGGAAGGGACAGCUGGAGGAUAAUCUGGGAAUGUGUCCUGUGGCAGCACUCCGGGGCUGGGAUGCUGCUGGACACAUCCAUGGAUGGGGAACGGGAAGGGAUGGAUGCUCCACAGGGAUGGUGGGAAGGCACACUGGGAACUCCCGGUGUCCAGGAGGGGUUUUUCCCUCUCUUUUCCCUGCUGGUGUCCCAUCCUCCCUCUCUUCCUGAUGGCUCCAUGGGGAAAACGUCCCUCAGCCACCCUGGUUGGAGCUGGAUCAGUGGGAAUCUCCUGGACACAUCCAUGGAUGGGGAGCAGGAAGGGAUGGAUGCUCCACAGGGAUAGAAGGAAGGCACACUGGGAUGUCCAAGGAGGGACAGAUUCCCAGAGAGGGAAGGAUUUUCCCUCUCUUUUCCAUGCUGGUGUCCCAUCCUCCCUCUCCUCCUGAUGGCUCCAUGGGGAAAACUGCCCCGGGAAGUUUUGCAGCUGGACCAGUGGGAAUCUCCUGGAGCAGUGGGAGAUUCCCCAUGGAGCAGCGCGGCUCCAAAGUGCCUGUGGAUAAAAUUCCCCCUGUCCUGAAGGUCCCCAGAAAUCCUCUGCUCAAACCAGGCGGCCACCAACAGGAUUUAAUCCCAGGAUUCCACUUCCAGAGGGGGAUUUUCGCCCUUCCCAUCUUGUCACCCUUUUGCCUCUAAUUCCUCACGUUAUCCAGCCACAUUCCCAAACCCUCAAAGGGAAUUCCGAUCUCCCUGGUGGUUGUUGCAGCCCUGAACUGCUGCUCCCGUGCCCAUUCCCAACCCUCUGGAUGCACCAAUCCAGAGGUUUUACCUUCCUGCCUUGCUCCUCAGCAAUAUUCCGGGGUUGGUUUUCAUUAGGAGAAGGUUCCUUUGGCUCAAUCCCAAAAUUAAACGGGAACACUGUCAGGAAUGACCUCCUGGAGCUCUUGGGCUGUCCCAGCCAUCUCCAGCUACGGGGACCAAGGGAUUGUUUUCAUUAAUAAGAGGGAAAAUUUGUAAUUCCUUGGAUUUGGAGAGGGAUGGGGGGUUCCUUGUGGACUCCUCCCAGAGGGAUAUGGAAGAGGAAUGACGGGAAAAGCAGCAGGUGAAGGAAAGUUGGAGUCAGCGUGGCCAGAAAGGGAUCAGCUUUGGAGCCAGAGGGACAAGGGAUGGGAAUUCUGUGAGGGGGAUGGAGAGGGAGCAGAAACCCUGGGACAAAGGGAAGGGAUUUUGUGCUGCCAUCCUGAAAUUCCAUUUUCCCUUCCUAUAUUGCACUCCACGAGGUAUUCCCACAAAAAAUCCCCAGCACAGCCGAGGCAAGGUCUCGUUUCAGAUGCUCCAGGCAGCUCCCACCCUUCCCAAAUCCCAUUUUGGGGAGCUGGGCUCCCCUUCCCAUCUCCCUGAGCUGUAAUUCCAGGAGCAGCCGCCUGGGAUGGGUUUCCUCGCUCCUUCAGGUUCUUUUUGGAAAAACCAGGAUUGGGAUCCCCCAAACCGGCUCCUGGCACUCGGGAUUUGCCGCUGGGAAAGUCAAAUCCGGCCAAGGGAGAGAUUCUGGGAGUUCCUGAUCUCGGGAGGUCAAGAGCCGGAACCGCAAGUCAGAGCCCGGGAUGAAAAAUGGGAUUUUGGGACUCUGGUCCCAAUUAACUUUUUGUUCCAAAAGAUGUUCCAUCACUUCCAAACAAAAUUAAUCUUUUAAACAGAUUGCCCAAAAAAAAAAAAAAAAGAGCCCUGGAAGACAUCCCAAAUCCCCUCUCAGUCCCUUCCUAAUGAUGGGUGUCCUCCGACACGGAUGGAAUUGCUUAGGAGGGAAAAGUCGCUGCAGGGAAUUUAAAAGGGGGGUGGGAAACGGGGGCAGGAGCCAAAUCCGAGAUUUCCAGCUUCCCAGAAAAAAAUAGUGCUGCUCCUACACCUCGCUCCACAUCCACUGAACAUUCCUUAGUGGAUUUUGUUUUUUAAGAAAAUUGGAUUAUCCCGUAAUUUUUCCCAGCUCCAGCAAAAAAUAUUUCAGCAGCAGUGGGGAAAAAAUUAUAUUAAAACUCAAAUUUGGCUUCCCAAGAAGCUUCUUUCCUUCUUAAGUUGUCAGGCAUUCCAGGAGUUGGGAGUAAUCCCAUUAAAGGUGUCCAAAGUGGGAAUUUGCAGCCCAACCCACCCAUGGGAUGUUCUCCUUGAGCCACCAGCACCUGGGAGGUGGGAAAGGAGGGGUUUUCCUGGGAUUUUUGGGUAUUCCUGGGGCUGGAGUUCGAGCCAGAUGCUCCCAGUGAUUUUUGCACUUUGUUCCAGAUCCAAUCCCAGCUCCCGCUCGGAUGGGGACGGGAGGAGUUGGGAUGAUGCUGUUUUGGGGUUGUUUUCUCCCGGAUUGGCUGCUUUGGGAAAGGUGGAAUUUCGGACAGGAGCUGUGGGCAGGGUCGUGGUGGCCCCAGAUUCCUUGGAAGUGAGGCUGGGAUGGAGCUGGGGUGGCUCCGGGGGCAUUGCUGCUGCCACAUCCCUUGUGCCGAAGUUUUGGGAUCAAAUUCCAACCCGAAUCCAAAUCCCAGGCAGAGAUUCCUCACCCUUGGGUGGCUGCUGCCUCCGCUGGGCUUUUCCCGUUAGUUCUGGGUUGGGUUUGGUGCUUUUUGGGGCCCUGGAGGAGUUUGGAGCAUCCAAACACUCUCCCAUGCUCCGGCUGGAUUCGUGUCCCACCCCUGGGUGCCGUAGGAUUUUUGGGAUCUCUAUCCCAUUUUUCCUACAGCUCCACGGGGCUGGAGACCCCUCGCAUCCCCCCGGGAUGAUUCCAUGUUUAUCCCACUGCUGGCAGUGUUCCAAGAGAACACAAAUCCCAUAAAUCCCAUCCCAGUGACUCUGGGAUGAUCCCAGCUCUGCUGUCCACUGGGAACGCCGUGGAUCGGCAGGAAGCAACCCAAAACCACCAGGAUUGGCUGGGAUUCACCCCAAAAAUUCCAGGAUGGAGUGGGGGAGCUCAGGGGGGGCUUGCUUCACCCCAAAGCUGCUGCUCCAGCCCCUCUCUUGCCCCCAGGGCUGGAUUUGGGAAGCUUUUCCCAGAGCUGGGAUCCAUCCCCAU